AUGGCCACUUGCAACGUUUCCGUGGAGUUCUGGUGCGAAUUCGGGGCCACGGAGCUGAAGUACAAGCAUAGCAUCCCGAAGACGCUCGUGACGCAGGUAGGCCAGGCGAGGCCGAACCACGCAGCCAGUGCACUGUUCCUACAGUGGAUAAGGCCGAUCCUACGGGAGCACGAGGCAGCGAGAUUCUACAGAGCCCGAUAUCGUACCUACACGCAGAGGCCGUUUGUGCUCGUGGUCGUGUCGUCGUUCUGCGGCAAAGAAGGAUGCGAAAUUAGGACGAGGCAGGAAAUGCAGGACACGAUGGCAGAGGCGGGGCAGGCGGGCGGAAACAAGGGCGCGACGCAAAUGCAAGGGCAGGAUGCGCAGAGCACAGAGGAAGGUCUGCCGGGUUUGUGGAGAGAUGGCGGGGCGAGGAGGUGCAGCCGAUGCCUGACGGUGGCGUACUGCAGCAGGCAACACCAAAAGGAGGACUGGAAGGUGCACAAGAAGGGAUGCAAGCCAAAGGCAAGCUAG